UGUGUUCUGCAGUGCAUAGAACGCAGAGUACGCUGCGAGAAAAACGAAAAAUUCGACGGAAAACAAGACGCGGAAAUAAAAGAAGAAGAAGUGACAGCGAACUUUGUUCACACACACGCACACACAAACAAACAAAAACGCAAAUCAAAGGAAAAACAAAGAAAAUGUCUGCCCUGCGCUUGAAUGCGGCGGAGCGGGACCUGGAGAAGUUCAUCAAGUUCCUGGUCCUAAAGUCCACCCAGGUGGUGGUGCAGUCGCGGUUGGGGGAAAAGAUGCAGACGCAAUGCAAUCCACUGGCGGGCAGCGACUGGUUCAACAUCGCCGUCCAGGAUCACCCGGAGGUGCUAGACGAAACCAAGAGGGCAUUGGGUCUCAAGACGGGCGAAAGCAUCCUACAGCGGCUUCCGCUCUGUGUGGAAAUCUCGCUUAAGACUUCCGACGGCGACCAAAUGGUGUUGGAGGUGUGGUCCCUGGACCUCCUGCAAUCCGCCACAAACGGCGCCGCUCUGGCCUCAGGAGAACCCAAGGCCGACCUCGCAACCGCCAACACUGAAGGACAGACUCUGAAAGCGGCCCACGCCAUCUACAACCGAAUGGGCAUUAUGCUCAAGUCUCUAAUCUCGCUCACCCGCACCACGCCCGCUUACAAACUGUCACGCCGGCAGUGCCCCGACUCCUAUGGCAUCUUCUACCGGAUAUACGUGGACAGGCCCCAGGUGCACACGCUGGGCGAGGGCCACAAGCACGUGAAGAUCGGCCAGCUCAACACGAUCGUGGGCUCCCUGGUGAUGUCCGUGGCCUACCGCACCAAACUGACCAUCUCGCCAACGGCCGCCCAGUCGGAGAGCAACACCAUCAUGCUUAAGUCGGACCACUUCCGACCUGCCACCGACGUCAGCUCGGCUGGCUUUCAGCAACAACAGUUGUCAAAUGGCACUGCCGUGGUUAAAAAGCUGGCCUUGAAUCCAGCCAUGGGCUCUGGCGUUGAUCGUCGCUGCAUCGACAUAGAAAAGCCGCUCCGUCCGGGAGCGUUCACGGAUAUGGGAAAACUAAAGCAAUACACGGAAGACGAUUUCGUUCUACCCGAAACGCCGCCUUUUGAGUGGCUUCUACGAGGACGGGGCUCUGUGGAAUCUCUUAACCGCUUAGACAAUAAUGUGGUCGCCAGUGUCUUGAGUGCCAAUAACAACAACAAUCACCAAGUCAACAAUUUCAACCAGAGCAGCAAUAUUAACAACAACUCCACGGGAUUUAAGAGCUUCGAAAAGAAUGUUGGGAACUAUGUGUCGCCAAUCAAGAGUCUACUGAUCCCCGCCAGCUCCUCCUCCGCCUAUCGCCACCACUCUGAACCGGCUCUGCAACCUCCGCCCGAUGAUGAUAACCUGCUUAAGGAGCUGCACUUUCCUUUCGCGUCGCCCACGUCUCAUGUGAACGAUCUGGCAAAGUUCUACAGGGAAUGCUACCACGCGCCACCAUUGCGCGGUCUCAACGAGCUGCAGGCGGAAAUCUCCUCCUUGGCUUCAGCGGCAACCACACCACCCUCCACUUCCUCUGUACCAGCGUGUGGAGCCAUAGCAGCAGUAGCCACAGCGGUAGCUAACAGCCCCGCCGAUGCCAGCGCCAUGGAUGACCUGUCCCGGCAGCUGGAACAGUUCGAGACUUCGCUGGAGGACUACGAUAAGCUAGUAUCGCAAUUUGGACUCACGGGCUCUUCUUCAACGGGUAGUCGCAGCAGCGGCGGCCUUCAAAUGAGCAACUGAGCUAACAUUUACAUUUUAAAUUUACUUUAAAUUAUUUUUAACGGGGCGGUCAUGUUCGGUCAAGUAGCUACCUUCCAUCGGCACGAGAGUCAGUAGAAUAGACACAGUGUGAAAAAUAAUAUAUUUUAUUUGGUGUAACACAAGCACAUUAUCUUAUCAGCAGUAGAGCAUCUCAGAGUUGCAUAUUUUGUGAGUAAAGUUCCCAGAACGAACACCCGCCCAAACUAUGUAUAAUUUAUGAAUGCCAUUGAGUUUAGUUGAGUUUGAUAGGCUGCUAUUUUACGUUACUAAGCUAUGUAAAUAAUUUUAUAAAGCCCCAACAGGAGGCUCUAGUUCCCUCUAAGUUGUACAUAGGACUAGAGAGUAGGGAGAGAGCUCUCUGUUACGUUUUAAAUUUUUUACUGCAGCAAUUUAGUCUUAGCUGCAAGUGCAUAUUGCAUCGGCCCUACCUAUAGGUUUUUGCAUAUGUUUGUAAGUUGGGCGCUCUCGACGCUUGUUUGUUUCUUUGUUCAAGUGCCUUUUGCCUUGCUUAUAAGUGAACAGAAAAUUAUAAUAUAAAUAAUAUAUCUAGCGAUAGAUAAAAUCAAUUGUUCAUAAGUUUAACCGUUUCUUUUGCAAAACGAUUAAAAUCGAGAAGCGAACCCAAUCGAAGGACUUCAACAGUAACGAAAGAUGUGUACAUAUGUCGAUUCUAACCUAGAAAUUGGAAAAGAACAGUUAGUGUCUAUUAGUUGUAAUCGUAAUUUGCUGUUACCUAUAUAUAUUUAUUGAUUUUUGAAAAUUCAAAAAUAUUGCUAACAUAAACGGAGUAUACAUUAUCACUACGCAAGUAAACGAUAGGAGUAAGAGAAUUUAUACAUACAAACAAUGAAUAAAAGCAAUUGUUAAUCAA